AGCUCAACCCCCAGCAUGGCCGCGUCCACCAUGUCCAUCUGCUCCAGCGACCUGAGCUACGGCAGCCACGUCUGCCUUCCUGGUUCCUGUGACUCUUGCUCUGACUCCUGGCAGGUGGACGACUGCCCAGAGAGCUGCUGUGAGCCCCGCUGCUGCACCCCCAGCUGCUGCGCCCCGGCUGCCUGCCUGACCCUGGUCUGCACCCCAGUGAGCUGUGUGUCCAGCCCCUGCUGCCAGGCAGCCCGUGAGCCCAGCCCCUGCCAAUCAGGCUGCACCAGCUCCUGCACACCCUCAUGCUGCCAGCAGUCUAGCUGCCAGCCGGCUUGCUCCUCCCCCUGCCAGCAGUCCUGCUGCGUGCCUGUCUGCUGCAAGACUGUCUGCUGCAAGCCUGUGUGCUGUGUGCCUGUCUGCUGUGGGCCUUCUUCUUCAUGUUGCCAGCAGUCUAGCUGCCAGCCAGCUUGCUGCGUCUCCUCCCCGUGUCAACAGUCCUGCUGUGUGCCCGUCUGCGGCAAGCCCAUCUGCUGUGUGCCUGUCUGCUCUGGGGCUUCCUCCCUCUGCUGCCAGCAGUCUAGGUGCCAGCCAGCUUGCUGCACCACCUCCUGCUGCAGACCCUCCUCCUCCAUGUCCCUCCUCUGCCGCCCCGUGUGCAGACCCGCCUGCUGUGUGCCCAUCCCCUCCUGCUGUGCCCCCACCUCCUCCUGCCAGCCAAGCUGCGGCUGCCUGGUCUCCUGCAGGUGCCUCCCCUGCCACCCCACAUGUUCCCGCCUGGCCUGCUGAGGCCUCUGCUCAGGCCAGAAGUCCAGCUGCUGCCAGGCAUGUCCCCCAGGGCCACUGGGCACUAUGAGUCCCCCACCUCUCCCACUACUGGCCCCUUGGCUGCUC